UCUAAGGAGGUCUGCCUCUUUCUUCUGAUACCAGGUAAAUUACAGGCUUGUAUGACGCGUUUCUAAGGAGGUCCUCCUCUUUCUUCUGAUACCAGGUAAAUUACAGGCUUGUAUGACGCGUUUCUAAGGAGGUCUGCCUCUUUCUUCUGAUACCAGGUUACUAUAGUGUAAGAUAUUGGUCCUUUUCCUGGCUGACCCACCUAGGAUGGACCAAGAAAGAAGUGAGAUGAAAAUAUUAAACCUCGCCCUGGAGAUCAUCUGUCUUCUCACUGGAGAGGAUUACACAGUAGUGAAGAGGACAUCUGAUGAGUGCGUGAGCUCUGGGAGCCAUACCUGUGUGUCAGAGGGACGGAGUAGGAACCAGAGCCCGAGCAUGGGGCCUCCACCUCACUCACUGACACCUGAGAGAAUCAAUGAGCAGAAGAUCCUAGAAAUGACCAACAAGAUCAUUGAGCUGCUGACUGGAGAGGUUCCUAUAAGGUGUCAGGAUGUCACUGUCUAUUUCUCCAUGGAGGAGUGGGAGUAUUUGGAAGGACACAAGGAUCUGUACAAGGAGGUAAUGAUGGAGGACCACCAGCCCCUCUCGUUGCCAGAUGGAUUCAGUUGGAGAAAUCAGCCAAAGAGAAGUCUUAGUCCUCUGCAGUUCUCUGAAGAAAAUCACAAUGUCCCACUGGAUGACCAGGAUGAAAGUCUGAUAGACUUUAAAGUUGAAGUUGUUGAUGAAGAAGAAGAAAUGGAUUUGAGAAGUAAUCAGUCAUUUAAGGAAGAGGACAUUCCUAUUGAUAUAAGUCCAGGUGGCCACAGCAUGAACUUAGGACAAAACCUUUUUUCAUCUACAGCCUUUGAAGGAGACAAUGGUGAUAUCACAAAUGAUUAUCCAGGAGAAAAACAACUUCAAUGUUUGGGAUGUGGAAAAUGGUUUAAACAAAAAUUGGAUCAGACAACUCACAAAGGAGCGAUACAAAUUCGAUGUUCAGAAUGUAGGGAAUAUUCUACCCAAAAGUCAGGUCUUACUGAACAUCAGAAAAUCCCCACAGGAGAGAAAUCAUUUUCAAGUUUGGAUUAUGGGCACAGUUUCACCAAGAAAUCACAUCGAGUGGAGCAUAAGAAAAUUUACAAGGGGGAGAAGUUGUUUCCAUGUUCAGAAUGUGGGAAAUGUUUUACCAAGAAAUCAAAUCUAGUACAACAUCAGAGAAUCCAUACAGGGAAGAAGCCAUUUUCCUGUUCCGAAUGUGGAAAAUGUUUCACCAAGAAGUAUGGUCUAGUUAACCAUCAAUGGAUUCACAAAGGGGUGAAGCCUUUUUCAUGUCCUGAAUGUGGAAGUUUUUUUACCCAGAAAUCAGAUCUGGUCAAACAUCACAGAAUUCACACAGGAGAAAGACCGUUUUCAUGUUUGGAAUGUGGGAAAUCUUUUACUCAGAAAUCAGAUCUUAUUAAACAUCAAAAAAUCCACACAGGGGAGAAACCAUUUUCUUGUUCAGAAUGUGGGAAAUGCUUUAGUAAGAAAUCUGAUCUUAUUAAACAUCAGAGAGUUCAUACAGGGGAGAAACCAUUUUCAUGUCCUGAAUGUGGAAAAUCUUUUACUCAGAAUUCAGAUCUUGUCAAACAUUAUAGAAGUCACACAGGGGAGAAGCCAUAUUCAUGUUCUGAAUGUGGGAAACGUUUUUCCCUGAAAUCAGGUCUUGUUAAACAUCACAGCAUUCACACAGGAGAUAAGCCAUUUUCAUGUUCAGAAUGUAGUAAAUGCUUUACCAAAAAAACCUCUCUUGUUAAACAUCAGAGGAUUCAUACAGGGGAGAGGCCGUUUCCAUGUAUAGAAUGUGGGAAAUGUUUUUCCCGUAAAACAGGUCUCAAUCAGCAUAAAACAAUUCACACUGGAGAGAAGCCGUUUAUAUGUUCAGAAUGUGGUAAAUCUUUUAGUAAGAAAUCAUUUCUUUUUAAACAUAAAAUAAUUCACACAGGAGAGAAACCAUUUGUAUGUUCCGAGUGUGAAAGAGGUUUUACCCAGAAGGCUCAUCUUAUUCAACAUCAAAGAACUCACACAGGAGAAAAACCAUUUACUUGUUCCGAAUGUGAAAAAUGUUUCAUUACAAAAACCAGACUCAAGGAGCAUCUGAUAAUUCACACAGGGGAGAAACCAUUUACAUGUUCUGAAUGUGAAAAAUUCUUUCCUACUAAAGCUAAACUCAAAGAUCAUCAGAAAACUCAUAUAGGAGAGAAGCCGUUUGUAUGUUCUGAAUGUGGGAAAUCAUUUGCUCAGAAGUCUUAUCUGGUUGAACAUCAGAGGAUUCACACAGGGGAGAAGCCAUAUCCAUGUUCAGAAUGUGGAACAUGUUUUAUUACUAAAGCCAAACUUAGAGAUCAUCAGAUAAGUCAUACAGGAGAGAAACCAUAUUCAUGUUCUGAAUGUGGAAAAUGUUUUAUCCGUAAAUCAUAUCUUGUUAGUCAUCAAAAAAUCCACUCUGAGAACAAACCAUAUUCAUGUUUUGAAUGUGGGAAAUGUUUUAUCAAGAAAUAUAGACUUGUUUAUCAUCGUAGAUUUCACUCUAAGGAUAAGCCGUUCUCAUGUUUGGAAUGUGGGAGAUUUUUCGCCCAAAAAUCAGACCUUGCAAAGCAUCAAAGAAUUCACACAGGGGAGAAACCAUUUGCAUGUUCAGAAUGUGGUAAAUGUUUUACUCAGAAAUCAAAUCUUAUUAAACAUCAAAAAAUUCACAUAGGGAAGAAGCUAUUUUCAUAUUCAUAG